GGCAGUGACGUCACCAGGCUGCCUCUCAGUCCCUUCCUGCUGCAUCACAACAGCCGUUAGUAGCUCGAGUAGCACCAGUGACCGGGGGACAGGAUAUCCACAGCGAAUUCAUUGAUAAUAUACCUCUGUUGACGUUGCAGAACUCAACAACAUCCUAGAACGGGGGUAGCCGACAGGAACUGGUUGCAGUGCGAUAACCCCGCUCCAGCUGUUGGGAUAUGGCCAGGCCGGAACAGGUUCUGCUCUUGGAGCCUCAGCACGAACUGAAAUUCCGAGGUCCAUUCUCAGACGUGGUCACCACAAAUCUCAAGCUCUCGAACCCUACAGACAGGAAUGUGUGUUUCAAGGUGAAGACGACAGCGCCGCGCCGGUACUGUGUGCGGCCAAAUAGUGGAAUCAUCGAUGCAGGCACCUCAAUCAACGUCUCAGUUAUGCUGCAGCCUUUUGACUACGAUCCCAAUGAGAAGAGCAAACACAAGUUCAUGGUCCAGUCCCUGUUAGCACCUCCUGACAUGACCGACAUGGAGGGAGUGUGGAAGGAGGCUAAACCAGAAGAGCUGAUGGACUCCAAGCUGAGGUGUGUGUUUGAGAUGCCAGUGGAGAACGAAAAAACGCACGACAUGGAGUCCAACAAAAUGAUGUCGUCCAGCUUGCUGAAGUCAGAUCCCUCCGCGCUGCCUCCAAAGUCAAUGAGCUCCACCCUCGAUGACGGGGAAGUAAAGAAGAUCAUGGAGGAGUGUAAGAGGCUGCAGAUGGAGGCUCAGAGGCUACGGGAAGAAAACAAACAGAUCAGGGAGGACGAUGGACUGCGGAUGAGGAAGAGCAACAUGAUGUCAUCUCAGCACUCCUCGGUUGGCAUGAAGAAAGAGGAGGGGUUGAGCGCCCGCACGGUGGCCCUCAUCGUGCUCUUCUUCAUAGUGGGCGUCAUCGUGGGCAAGUUGGUCUUGUAGACGGCAGCGCAGUUCGGCCGGCCGCAGCAUGCUUUGAUGGGGAUGAAAAACAAACACGGGAUCUGGGAUUUUGGAUCAGAAAUGCCAUAUCCACUGGGUGGGAGGGUGAUAAUAGUUUUGAUUCAGUCUCAUUUAUGUAAAAAAAAAAUUCAAAAGUAAUGUAUGAGGAAAAAAAAAAGAGAAGAAGACGAAAUGAUUCAUCAUUAAUGAACAAACCUACUGUUACAGGUCUUGCCUCAACGUAAUCAUCACAUAAUCAUUCUGGCCCUCUUCCCAAAGUUUCAUGUAUACAGAUGACUGGUUCUGUGGGUGGGUGGGUGGGGGGGGUUUGUCGGAAAAACAUGAUUUAAUGCUAGUGAUUCAAACCAAUGGAUUUUCUAAAACGGGCGAGGCAGUGUUGGUGCGACUGAGUCAGUUUGCAAUCGUGCGAAUGUCAUUUUAGUGUAUCGUUGUUUGUUUUUCUAAAUGAUGGAGGCCAGAGCCUAUGUAUAUGUAUACGUUCUCCCCCCCACUGUACAGUAUAUCCAGGUGUUCCUUCCAGCUAAACCCCCUUUAAGGAAGGGAUUAACCAGAGAGAUGACACACAGUCGGGGUUACACACAGGGCUAUCAAACUGACUUCUCCAAUCGCUGGCUUUGUAAAAUCGGCUUGUCUUUGAUUGUAGAGCAACCUUGAUCAGUGUAUGAAACACUAUACCAUAGGUAUUUUCUAUCCUCGUGUCCUUUUUAUUUUCACUCGACCUUACUCCUGUCACCUGUCACUCAGUGCUCACCACAUCCUCAGUUGUCAGAGGGGAUGUUUUAUUGCAUGCGUUCACACAAGAGUGUUGCAUCUGGACUUUUUGAAUCUAAUUUAAUUGCUUUUAUAAUGGUGAUAAUAAUAUGUAAUUUGGCUGUAGGUUUGCACAACUACAUUUUCUGAUUUGUUUUUCUUUCUCUCUUUUGUGUUUUUGUUGAAUUUUUAUGAUUUUAAGUAAUUAUUUUUGUCAUUUAGGGUUGAAGCAUUUACGAAGAAUAUUGCAGCUACCAGAAAUGAGCUCCAGACUUGUAGGAUUAGAUCAUUUCUGUAAAUGAUCUCCAGAUGAAAGUCUUGCCUUGUGACCUGUUUGGGCAAGUUAUUCUCAGGCCAAGACAGAGGUAUACAUACAGUACAUUAACAUAUAUAUAUAUACACAGGGACGCACACAGAAAGCAUGCAUACAUAUAGUGAGAAACCACAAAUGGACAGAAGGUGCAUGUCGAGGCAACUGGUUACCGAGGUCCUGUUAACAAAGACACCUUGGUCUUUUCAUGCUCUCUUUUUGUUUUCGCAUAUUUUCCUACUGAGCCAUACAUUUGUUGACAUUCUAUGUUGUUUUGGGCAAAUGUAUGUCAGAGAUCAUGUGAGUGUUUUAAGCUGCCUGCUCUCCACUGCUGAUGAUUUUGCCGUUUUUCAUUUUUCACUCCACUGCAGGCCUGUGUUCAGUUUUUGUUGGUGUUUGUUCAGCAUUUAUCUGUUGCUUAUUAACGUUCUUCGUCCUCACUGCAUUUGAAGUCGUGUUCAUUUUUAAUGCUCUAGGAUUAAGAGUGUCUCUCCUUUGAUCUUCCGGCAGCAUACAACUCUUUUUUUUUUUUUUUUUCUCAAGCGAAAGAGGACAAAAAAAAAAAAGCAUAGAGCCGAGCUUAUAUACCCUUGAGGGGACCACACGAUGACAUUGUACUGUUCCAGAGCCAAUGGUUAUUUUUUUUUUUUUUUUGUCAGAAAUAAAUAAACAAAGAAACUCUCAAAUUGUUUCAUCUCCAAAUUUGCAUGAGGAAAAAAACAGCAGUGGCGAGUGUUGGAAAAAGAAAAGUUGGUCAUAUUUUUAUCGCGCUACGUCCACGUUAUAUGAGGAAGCAGGAGUGUAGGCCCCCUUUGCAAAAAUGACAAAAAUGCCACCAUCUUUUUAUGUUAAGUGGAGUCGAAGACAAUGGAUCUAACAAAUGGGGAAGAGAUUAAAAAACAUGAACUUGUGUUUCCACUGUAUCUCUGUUAAGUUGUUGGGUUGAGGAUGACUUGCUGCUUAGAGGGAGGGCGGAGCAGACCUGAGCUACAGCUCCGUCUCGGGGCAAUAUCAGACCUGGGUCAUGUAGUACUUGCAGAAAAUUCUUCUUGUUCAAUGAAUCCUGGUUGGAAUAUUUUUCACAAGGAAACUUUUUAAAAACAACAGAAUAUACUGUAAUUGGAUUAUUUGAAGAAUUUACCCACAAAGUGGUGCUCUAAAUGGGAUUAAACAAACAAAAAUAAUUAGAUGUGAAUACUAAUUGAUCCAGGCCCGGCUGAUAAAACACACUACACACUGACCUGUUCUGGAGUCUCUGACCAUCACCGUGAUCAAUGUAAGCAGUCGGGAAACUGUUUUGUAUGUAUAUAAAUAAAUAGAUAAGUCUAUCUGAGAAGAAGAUUAAUAUUCCUAGUCAAGUAGUCUCUCUGGUGUAUAAAAACAACCCAACCUGGUUGGACUAUGUAGCAUCUUAAUAAAUUAAAUGAAUAAAGCCCCUACCAAUC